AUGGGGCCAAGAGGGUCUGUUUGUGAAGAAGGGAUGAACUAUGCACAUAAGGUGCUCGAUAAAAUGUUUGUGAGAGCAUUUUCGAUUGGAAUGAUGGAAGGGGUCUCGAUGGGGCAGUUGCUUCGAUUGUUUUAUGAACCACAAGAUCUUAUCGUGAAAACGUCUACUCAAAACCACAAGGUUUCUGCUAUUUUGGUGUUCGGAGACUCCUAUUCUGAUCCUGGAAACAACAACUACAUUCUGACCCCUUUCAGGGGCAAUUUCCCUCCUUAUGGAAAAGAUUUUGCAAACCAUAAAGCGACAACGAGGUGUACCAAUGGAAAGAAACACAAUCCUAAUUUUCGAAUAUUUUGGUAA